GAAAAAUGUCAAACUCGAAGAGUGCAGCAGGAAAAUCAUCAAAUGAAAGUGGCUGGAAUCGGAAUUAGUUUGAGUUCAGAAAAAUACACAAAUUUAAUAACCAAAAUUUUGAUAUUCAUUUAAUGAAAUUAACUUUUUAAAUCUUCUGUUUAAUAUAUUAAAAUCAAUCUAAACCAUCUCCAUACAGUAACAUGAAAUUACCCCAAAGUAUUCCAAGCAAUUUUAAUACAUAAUCAAUAAACUGGAGACACCACAACCUAAUGUCGCAAAUCUUAACCUAAAAAAAAUUCUACACCCAAAGAAAAUGUUCCAAAUAAAUAAAUACAUUAAAUCUUCAUUAACUAGAAUUUGCACAUAAAGAAAACAAUAAUCCCUUCCCCCAUCACACUUAAUUUCUGCAUUUUGAUGCAUGCGUAAGUAGAAGGUAGUUCAAAUAAAAAUAACAAAACUCCAAGUCAACUCGAACCAGCAAAACUAUGCUCAAAGCAAUUCUUCCAGCUCGAUGGGAUGGACGAAUUCUUCCUUUUCGAAUGUCAACAUCACAAAAGAUUGUUGUUGUCUCCCUGACGGCCGGAGUUGCACUGUUAGGUGUUCUCGCUCGUUAUAUGCGUCGCAGAAAGUCCCCUCGCCCACCAAGACGACCGCGUAAGCACGGCGGCCGUCGCACACGUAACAGCAUGCGCAGUCCCAAUGACCUCAUGUCAGUGGCGGGAUCAAAGGCAUCGGCUCGUUCGGGCAGUCCUGUAGGCUCAACCGUCGCUUUCUCCGACCGCAUGUCACUGGCUUCGGGUUCCAUCGACUCUGCAGCCAUAGCUAAUCAACAACUGACCGCCCAACAACUCGGUGUUAUGGGCAUGGAAGCCUUGGACACAGUAAUAAAUCAUUGGGAGGAUGCCCUUGCGGCACACUAUUCCCCCGGUGGUAUUCCGGCUGCUCUCACAACAACCGAAGAAUCGGAAUUUUGUCGGGAAAUUCAGAACCUCCUCGACAUGGCGUACACACUACAAGAUCAAAGUGAACUACUCUUCCUCGACCAGAGAUCGGUGCUAUUCCGUGAUGAACCAGCCAUUGAAGAGGAAGACGAGGAACAAGUAGUUACAGCCCGUAGUCGAAAAUCGACCAUGAGUCGGACAGGUUCCGAUCCUAAUUUUGAUUCGGCCGAGAGUUUCGCUUCCGCACUGGACCAAGUCGCAGACUUGAGGGAGUUUGAAGAGUUCACCGAAGCAUUUGCCGAAUUUGAACAGUAUCCGUUGUUUCAGAAUGCACUUAAACAGUCUGAAGAACAGCCAAUUCCUUGCCGCUGUGUGAGAACCGAAUUGGUGCACUGUGCCACUGAUUCCGAGUAUUUAGCCAAGCUGCACUGUAUUCGGUUAGCUUUCCAAUACCUCUUCAAGGAUCCCAAAGUUGGGCAAUGGGUAGCUGAUACUGGUCGCCAAAUCCUUACGGAUCUUCUCUGCCUGGGCGACAAGGACACUAAAGACUUUUUAGUCGGCUAUGAAGGCAUGAUCCACUACCUGCAAGACGAAAACAACUGGGAUUACAUCGAGAAAGAACUAGAAGCUCGAAAUGUCAAAGCAAUGACAUUCUAUGAUAUUUGUAUAGAUUACAUCAUUCUAGAUGCCUUUCGCGAUUUGGAUGCACCUCCAGCUAGUGUAACAGCUGUAGUGCAAAAUCGUUUCCUUUCCAAUGGAUUCAAAGAGACUGCUCUCACAACAGCGGUGUGGUCAGUUUUAAAAGCAAAAAGACGAAUGUUAAAAUUUCCCAACGGCUUUAUGUCACAUUUUUAUGUUAUAUCAGAACAACUUUCGCCUCUGAUGGCGUGGGGUUUCUUUGGACCCGAUGAAAAUCUUCGCAAUAUUUGCCAUUACUUCCGGGAAGAAAUACUCGGGUUCUUAACUGACAUAUUCAACUUCCAGAAUAGUCGUUAUACAACUGUGGAAGAGCUUGCGGAUGAUAUUAUGAAACACAUGCGAACGCGAGUCGAUAAUAUUGGCGUUAAAUUCUGUCAAUAGACUAGCGCCACAGCCACAGUUAAAAAUAACAAAACAACUAAAAAUAAUUCCCUGUUUUUUAACUCAGUACGACAAAAAGUUAGAUUCUUAGAUCAUAGUUUCAAAAGCUAAUCUUAAAACACUCGGAAUGUGUUUGUUUUAUUCUUAAACAUUUUUUUUCCAUUUUACCUUUUGCUACAAAUACAAUAUUGUUUGUAAUUUUCAUUUUCAUUCAUGGAAAUAACAUUGUUGUUGAGAGUAUUCCUUAUUAAAUGCAAUUUUUUUUUCCUAAAAUUAAUAGAAAAGGUAUUUCUUUUAAAUUGUUAAUACAUUUUUUCAUUAAUUUUAUAAUAUAAGUUGUUAUUGAGGAAUGAUAUUCCUUAUACGUUUAUAAGAUUCUUAAAAUAAAAUGGAUAUGAGGAGUUAUGUUUACAGUAA